CUCCUUUCCUCUUCACACCCGCGAGCUUAGCGUGCUGACGGUGCGAGAUGUCUUUGCCCGGCCUUCACGAUGAAUACGGAGUCGUCUGGUGACCAGCAGCGCUUUGUUGUCGAGAGCGAGUUCCGCAAUCGCAUCGUCAGCCUCGCGAAGAAGCUGAACGCCCGGCAGCCGCUCAUCCCUGAUUCGCUGGCGCAACACCACCUGCACCGCGCUGGAUGCCGCGCAGAUAGCGACAUGGUGGCCCUGCGACUGCUGGCGGCGGCGGCGGAGAGGCAGCUGCUCCAGAUCUGUCGAGACAUGAAGGAUGUGGCCGACCUCAGGCAGGAGACUCAACGGCUUCCCGAGCGCUCUGCAGCCAUUGCGACGGCGGAUGACCUGACCUUUGUGCUGCGGGAGGACUACGGCGAGAGUGUGAAUCGCGAGGGCAGGGGCGAGUCUCGGCGUGCUGCCGGUGGUGCUGGUGCUGGUGUGGCGCACUCGUCGCAGGAGAGGUCGCUGCAGAGGAGGGAGGGACAGCUGCAGAGAUAGGUGGAUGGGUGGGAUCCUCUGCCUGGUGUGUGUCGUUUUGCUGGUGUACAUAGUCCUUUUCUGCUGAUACGAUUUCAUGCAUCGUCUGGAAGGGAAGAGAAGUCAACUGCUGACACUGACUGGAGGAUUUGAGUUUCAUGUCCGUGUGAGGUACCUCGGAUGGGAGGCCACGGGGCUGUUCGUGAAGUCGUUUGGCACGUCUGAUGCUCUCUCUGACAGCAGAAGGGGUCAUCACCCGUGUGAGGCGGAUUCAAAAGCAGCCCAGUGGCGUCCUCGUAUAGCGCGAUGUAUGGCUGGAGUGCAAUAGGAGAGUCGAUGAACAGUGAUUGCUGUUGGCUGCGGGGGGGCUGGUUUUGCACUCCUCAGUGUCGGUCAUCUCUCUGCAUCUGAGGGAGAUGGCCAUAGCUGACUGGUGCAGGGCCUGACCACCCACCCACAGUCAGACAGGCGUCAAGAGGUCUAUGUAACUACAUGGACGCGAUUGUUGACACUGGCUAUUGACGUGAUGAGUCAGUCAACAAUGCUGGAUGGAUUGGAUUACUCACAUGUAUGUGCUGAAUGCAUUCAUGUCUU